CAGGAAACCCCCCGUGCACGGCCUGGCCGCACUGGACUCGCAGGCGUGGCUACCGCGCCGCCGGCUCCCGGGAGCCAGAGGAAAAGGUCCAGAAGAUGGCACAGUAAUAAAUUAACCUUCCAGCCAGCUGGGGUCCUCUGCAUGCAAUCUUUGGACUGAUCUGAAGCUUUCGUUUUGGACUGAAGGGACUUGUCCACUGCUUGCCCUGGAAACCUUUCUCUCCUAAUUCAUGAGCCAGCAGGAUGCGGUCACCGUGCUUUCAGAACGCCUUCUCGUAGCUGCGUACAAAGGCCAAGUGGAUAAUGUGGUGCAGCUUAUCAACAAGGGUGCCAAGGUAGCAGUUACCAAGCAUGGCCGUACCCCUCUACAUCUUGCUGCCUACAAAGGGCAUCUCCGUGUUGUGCAGAUUUUGCUGAAGGCAGGCUGUGACCUGGACAUUCAGGAUGAUGGUGAUCAGACAGCCUUGCACCGGGCCACUGUUGUAGGAAAUACAGAUGUAAUAGCAACUCUCAUUCAAGAGGGGUGCCCUUUGGACAGACAAGACAAGGAUGGGAACACAGCGCUUCAUGAAGCAUGUUGGCAUGGAUUCAGUCAGUCUGCCAAACUGCUCGUUAAAGCAGGAGCUAAUGUUCUUGCCAGAAACAAGGCAGGUAACACACCGCUGCACUUGGCCUGCCAAAAUAGCCAUUCCCAAAGUACUCGUGUUUUGUUACUUGGAGGGUCUCGGGCAGAUCUCAAAAAUAAUGCAGGAGAUACCUGUUUGCACGUUGCUGCUCGUUAUAAUCACUUGCCCAUCAUUAGGGUACUCCUCAGUGCUUUCUGUUCUGUCCAUGAAAAGAACCAGGCUGGAGAUACUGCACUUCAUGUAGCUGCUGCAUUAAAUCAUAAAAAGGUGGUCAAACUCUUACUGGAAGCAGGGGCUGAUGGGUCAAUUGUCAACAAUGCAGGUCAGACUCCUCUAGAGGUUGCUAGACAGCAUAAUAAUCCUGAUGUUGCUCUUCUCCUUGCUAAGGCACCACAGGUCUUGCGCUUUAACCGUGGAAGAAGCCUUAGAAAGAAGAGAGAAAAACUAAAGGAGGAAAGACGAGCUCAGUCUGUGCCAAGAGAUGAGGUGGUGCAGAGCAAGGGCAGUGUCUCAGCUGCUGAGGAUACUCACAGCAGUGAUCAGGUGCCUCAGAGGAAAGGAGAUCUGAAAGAUGAACCACGGUCAACUUCACCAGAGCCCAAAGGAAAGAACAACAAAAAGAAAAAGCCACGAGAAAAGAUUUCAGCACUUUCAGAUCCUGCUUCACCAGCUGACCAGCAGACACUCCCUGGUCCCCAGCAGAGCUUACCUAAGCAUCGUAGAAGUAAACAUCGUUGCUCAUCUCCACCACCCCCACAUGAGUUCAGAGCCUAUCAGCUUUACACGCUGUAUCGUGGAAAGGACGGUAAAGUCAUGCAGGCCCCAAUAAAUGGAUGUCGUUGUGAGCCACUGAUUAAUAAACUGGAGAAUCAGCUGGAGGCAACUGUGGAGGAGAUAAAAGCUGAGUUUGGGACAGUACAGGAUAAGAUGAAUAUCAAGCUGGGCCAGAUGGAAAACAAAACUCAACAUCAACUCCGUGUUUUAGAUAAGUUAAUGGCUGAGAGGCUGUCUGCAGAGAGAACAGAGUGCCUUCAUCGCCUUCAACAGCAUGCUGAGCUCGAAAAAAAUGAGGGAGAGAAACGGCAGAUUUCCUUGGUGGAUGAAUUGAAAACCUGGUGCAUAUUAAAGAUUCAGAAUCUGGAGAUGAAGCUUUCUGGAGAUUCUAGAUCUUCAAGACCAAAAUCAACUCUGUCCACUUGUGAGUCCCUCACAGAGACCCUGGAUACAGAGAACCUCCAUAGUGCCAAGGACUGUAAAACUAACCAGAGCCCACUACAGUCAGAGGACUCACAGCAGCAUUCCUAUAUCACACUUCAGAAUAGUCUCUCAGAAGACAUGGGAAGGAGUAGAGUCCAGACAUCAGAACAAAGCUUUGGAAAGCAUUAUUUUGCUGUUGAACAAGACACUGCAUCAGGUGCAGAGCAACAAAUGACAGCUGCUGGUCCAGCUCCUUCUGCAGUCCCUCAAGAUGUUAGGCCUAAAGACAAAGCUUUUAGCUCCACUGCUUUUGACAGGUUCCAGCAGGAAGGACCAUUGUCAGAGCAUUCAGGUUCCAAAUUAAGACAUGUUAAGGUACAAACUACUUUACAGCCCUUGACUGAAUUUGCAAAGAUUGAGCAACAGAGUGGCUACUUCAUAGACAAAGGAACUCAAACAAAGAAGUCUGGCAAAAGUGGGCAGUCAAGACACAGGCCCCAGCAACACACAGUAACACAUCAUACCCAGUCACAGCAACCAUCUGCUCUGCCUGGAGAUCAACCAGCCCCUCAGAUCAAAGACACUUCACAAGCUUUGGAGAUUACUCAGUACUUUUUUGAGGCUGUUUCCACUCAAAUGGAAAAGUGGUAUGAGCGGAAGAUUGAAGAAGCCCAGUGCCAAGCUAAUCAAAAAGCACAGCAAGACAAAGCUGCACUCAAGGAGCAUAUUAAAAGUUUAGAAGAGGAGCUCAAUAAAUUAAGGACUAAGGUGCAAAAAGAAAGCUAGCAUCAAGGUAACAGGUGCAGGCAUGGAAAUUGAGGAUUUAGUUUUUAUGUGAACUGCAGCAUGGCUGAUUUUGGGAUCUAUUAAUAUGUAGAAUAUUGCACCCAAUACAUACAAAUAUAAAAACUGCCCCUUUUAAUGAGAUGUAAUUUUAGAAUUUAGAAGUUCCAAAAAUACACUGUCCAUGUAGUCAUAACAGUAAGUCUUUGCAGAUGGGACACGCUCAUGAGAUACAUUUUACCAUGAUCCUAUAAAAUUAUAAAUAUUGCCAGGUACUUCAUCAUCAGGUACCAAUAACCCAAAUCACAUUCUGAAGGGAGAGUUUUCCCAUUUCCUUGUAGGUAACAAAAAACACCCAAUGGAAAUGGUUUUGUUAGAAAUAAGUUAUUUGUUUACAGAAGCUUCCCACUGAUACUUUCCUUUGCCUUGGGUUUGCAUUGUUCAAGCAUAUUAUAACUUUGAGUUCUUUAAUUAUUGUUUGAAUAGUUAUUACAGGUUACAUGAUUAGUGAAGGUAUCUAUUCAAGUAACCUUAUUGAAAAGUUGUAAUUUCUUAUAGCAGAUGAGUGGCCAAUAUUUGACCAAGUCCCCACUGUUUUAUGAGCAGCAGUACAUUCAUAGAUAGGCAAGACUCUUCCUCUGAGAUGCCUAAAUUCCAAUUUUCUAUAGGAGCAUGAAACACACAGAUCCAGUAUGAAUUCCUGGCUCCACUGAAGUAAAUGGCAAAACUCUCAUUGUCUUCAGUAAAGCCAGGAUUUCACUCCAAAUGACAUGCCUAGAAUAUUGUCUCUAGCAACUCUUAAGUGACCCCCUCUUUCUUUUGCUUUCCCACAUCCACUUCCCUUUAAGGGGGGGGGGGGAAUUAGAGACCUUGUCUGUCCAUUGGUUUCUAAAGGAAAAUCCAUUCCAGACCACCACAUCUUUUGUCAUAAAAUGAAAACUUUGAUGGAUAGAAAAUUCCCUACUGUGAACUGAUAUUAAGAAUCUUUCAGCUUAUUAUUUAGCGUUUAUAUUGCAGUAGUAUCUAAAGGCCUCAACCAUGUUGGGUCCCCAUUCUGCUCAGUAAUGUAUGAACAAGUUACCAUAGAUAGUUGCAGCUCUAUCCCUCUAGGGCUUCGUGCUUUAAUCUAGUAGGAGACUCCAGGAGAUCAUGAUAGCCCAGAAACAGCUAUCCUAAAUCAUUCCAUUUAAAAAAACCUGCAAUAUUAUGCCACGGAAAAAAACAAACAAGCAAUCUUUUGACACUGGAAAUGCAGAUGAACAAAACAUACUGUACAGUAUUGUAAACAUUAACUCUUUAGAAAUCAAGCUUGUAUCUUUUUAGUAAAUGUAUAAAGCAAAGAAAAUUGUACUAUAUUACAGUAUUUUUAAUUCCUAUUAAUGCACUAUUAAGACAAAUACAGUAUAGCUGUAGUAAUGGGGAUAUUUGUUAGUGCUAUACUUUGACUUCAGUAGUCAAAAAUAAAGAAUUAGAUAUUUUCAUAUGUUUACAACUUUUUAAGCUACUGUAGGAAUGCAGAGGCAUGUUGUCUAUUUAAUUUUUGUAUCAUGAUAAAAAGUGAAUGUUUUUGCAUAGUAAUUAAACAUAAUG